AAAAACGACCCAACCAACUACCCAGCCCUCCCACGUUAAUUCCUACCAUACCAAUUACCAAUCUACCAACCUACCACCCACGCCCUCUCCCAAGAACACAUUGACAACCCCCUCAAUCCCUCGCUCGCUCAUCUAAUCAUCUUCAAGACUUCAACCCACAGCACACUCUUUUAUGCCUCUGCAAAAUCAAAGCCCACCAAAAUUGAGCCCAAAGAUCGAGUCUUUAACUUCUUUGUUCUCUGGGUCUGCUUUGAGUUCCAGAAUUUUCAUGGCUGACACAAUCUUGAGUGCUCUUUUAGCUUUACUACUCAUUUCUUCAUGUACCCAUCAUGCUGAGUCCUAUGCAGAAGAGGAAGGGUUCAUAUGGGUGGAGUUAUCCAAUAAGGGUCUUGAUUUUGCCAAGAACAUCUUGAUUCACACUGCGGAGUCUUCUUUAGUUCCACUUGAGCUGCCUGAUAUUGACAAGUCUGCGGAUAUCUCGCUUUUGGGAACAGUUGAUAUGAUUCUUUCUGAUAUUACUAUAAACGCAAUUCAAGUGACUUCCUCAGCUGUUAGCACUGCACAUUCUGGUGUAGUUUUAAGUGUUUCUGGCGCCACUGCAAAUUUGACCAUGAAUUGGAAGUAUUCCUAUUCCACAUGGUUGCUGGUUCCAAUUGAAGUAUCCGACAGUGGCCAAGCUUCUGUUCAGGUUAGUGGCAUGGAAAUUGGACUUACUCUCAGUCUUAAGAAUCAACAAGGAUCCCUUUCACUUUCUCUUGUGAAAAACAAAUGCUCUGUGGAAGAUAUAUCAAUAAAUUUGGAAGGUGGAGCAUCCUGGCUAUACCAAGGGGUAGUAGAUGCUUUUGAAGGUAAACUAACCUCUGCUGUUGAAGAUGCUAUUUCGAGUAAAAUAAGUGAGGAAGUUGCAAAACUCGAUUCAUUGUUGCAGUCCCUUCCCAAGGAAGUUCCAAUCACUAGUAUUGCCACUUUGAAUGUUACUUUCGUCGGUAACCCUAAGAUAAGCAAAUCUUCUCUUGCUCUUGCAAUCAAUGGGCUAGUAAGUGCGAGGGAUGAAGAUGAUACUCUUCUCCAGAAUCACCACAGAGCUCUAUAUCAUCUGAUUUCCUCCAAGGGUCCGGACUAUAUGUUCACAAUUUUUCUGCAUGAACUUGUUAUAAAAUCAGUAUUAUCCGUUUAUUACGAAGCCGGUAAGAUGCAUUGGAUUGUUGAUGAAGUACCUGAUCAGUUCCUUUUAAACACUGCUCGGUGGAAGUUCAUCCUCCCAAACCUAUACAAGCAAUACCCAAACGAUAACAUGACCUUGAAUAUUUCUAUAUCAUCCGUACCAAAUAUCAAGAUAAAAGAACAGCAGAUUGAUGCAACGGUUACUGCAGAUGUGAUUAUUAACGUUCUGAACGACACUGAAGCUGUACCUGUUGCAGGCAUUUCAGUGGAGAUCACUGGCUCGGCUUUUCCAGAGAUUUCAAGUAACGAUGUGGCUGGUAGUAUUACAUUACAUGAGCUCGGGAUGUCUUUGGUAUGGAGCGAAGUUGGCGAUCUAAACAUGCUUGCAAUCGAGAGAGUAGUGCUUACUGUACUGAGGAUUGGGGUGCUACCAUAUGUGAAUUUUCGACUCGGGCAAGGAUUUUCAGUGCCAGAUUUCUACGGUUAUACACUUGAAAACACAGAAAUAUCGUGCAGCGAUUCCUGGAUUAUGGUUAGCAGCGACGUGGCACAAACUAACCAGGCAUAUCUCAGUUAAUCUACCUAUCUUUUGUGUUCUUGUGUAUAUAAUUAAGAUGAAUUAGGUGUUGUUUUCUUUCCUGUUUUGAUCCAUUAUGCAUCAUCACCAUCCUUAUAUGCUUAUCCUACAUUCUUAUAAUGUUAGUUGUUCAAUGUCCCCUGAGAUAUAUUAGAGGUUGUUAGAAAUAUAAACAAUCUUUUCUCCUCUAA